UGAAAAAUGAAGGUGUAUUUGUAAAGUUAGAUAAUCCUUUUAUAUAGUAUAGUGGUUGACAAAUGAAUUUUAGGAGAUUAUCUUCUAGAUUAUCGCUAAUCUCAUUUUCAUAAAGCUGUCCACGUUUUUAUCGGACCAAUCAACAGUCUGAAUUUAAUUCAGUCCGCGUAGAAAGGUUUCAGUCAAAAAAAGUUUCUUGAAAUAUUUUCAUAGAUUCAGUAGUUUUACGCCAAAUCAAGGACAUUAUGCUGUAUCAAACACAUUUAUUCACACCCUGUUAUUAAUUAUUUGUCAUUUGGAUGAUACUUUGGUGCACAUAAACUGACUUUAUUCACCUUUUCUCAACUUCAAACGAGGUGAUCAAAUUCGUUCAAAAAUGGCGGCAUCUGGGAAAAGGUCGUGGAAACUCCAGGAGUUUGUGGCUCAUGGUGGCAAAGUGAACUGCCUAGCUCUAGGUCGUGCUUCAGGGAGAGUCAUGGUCACUGGAGGGGAGGAUAAGAAGGUUAACAUGUGGGCAGUUGGUAAACCCAAUUGUAUAAUGAGCCUUUCAGGCCACACAAGUCCAGUUGAAUCUGUGAGGUUCGGACAUGCAGAGGAAAUAGUUGUUGCUGGAUCACUCUCUGGAGCUCUAAAAUUAUGGGACCUUGAACUAGCCAAAAUUGUGAGGACCCUAACCGGACACAAGGCAAGCGUUAAGAGUCUCGACCUACAUCCCUAUGGCGAGUUUGUAGCAUCUGGCUCAACAGAUACAAAUAUUAAGCUAUGGGACAUACGAAGAAAGGGCUGUAUAUUCACAUAUAAAGGCCAUACAAACGGAGUAAAUACAAUAAGGUUUAGUCCUGAUGGACGGUGGAUUGCAUCAGCUUCUGAAGACAGCACAGUCAAGAUAUGGGAUCUCACUGCUGGCAAAUUGUUGACAGAUUUAAGGCAGCAUUCUGCGUCUGUCACAUGUUUAGAAUUCCAUCCCAAUGAGUUCCUCAUGGCAACAGGAAGCCUUGAUGGGACUGCCAAAUUUUGGGACCUUGAAGCAUUCCAUAUGGUUGACUCAGUAGAGGCUGAUGCUGGUGGUAUAAGGUGUAUAUGCUUCCACCCUGAUGGUCAGUGUCUCUAUGCUGGCAACUCAGACUGUUGUACAGUAUUAGGGUGGGAACCUGGUACGAAAUUUGACUCCGUGCCAGUUUCCUGGGGUAACAUAGAAUCCAUAACAGUGGGUCAGAACCAACUGAUUGGUGCUUCUACAAACCAGUCCAAUGUGUCUACAUAUGUGGUAGACCUAAGUAAAACUAAACCAAUAGGUGGCAGUGCACCUAAUCAGCCAUCACAAACCCCUCUCUCAUCAAGUGGUCGUAAAAGUUUUGCAGAAAGACCUCCUACGCAGAGCACAAAGCAAGCAAAGCCAAAGGAGGAACCCUUAGAACAUGCACAACCAGAGGAAGAUCCUGCCGAAGAUGAUACAUCAACUGCCGAUAUUCAAAAUGAGGCUGACUAUCGAGAGAUCUUUCAACCUAAAAGUAGGAAAGCGAUUGAUCGAGACUCAAACAAGAAAGUUGAACCAUUCUCUCCACCUGAUGAAGGGGUUCAUGCUACAAAACCGUCCUCUGCCAACCCAGGCGCUACUAAAGUCAUUCCUGCAAGUCGACAUGAGCCAGCUGGGCUUAACAUGGACGAUUUCCUUCCUAAACAAGCCCAGAAUGCAGCUGGUGGGGUUGCUAAGAAACCAAAUGUGUCAGAAAUUGAUGCGUUGAAUCUGAUUGGUCGAGGCCAUGACUCCAUGAUGGCUGUAAUGUCAAGUCGGCAGCGGAAUCUUCAAAUUGUACGAGCACUUUGGACAGGCGGGAAUAUAAAGACUGCAGUUGACAGUGCUAUAGGCAUGAAUGACCAGGCAGUUGUAGUAGAUGUCCUUAAUAUUCUAUGUGCUAAAAGCAAUCUUUGGAGCCUGGAUAUGUGUGCUCUACUCCUGCCCCAAUUGAAAGAUCUCUUAGGAAGUAAAUAUGAAAACUAUGUACAGACAACCUGUAUGUCUCUUCGUACCAUCUUGAAGAACUUUGGACCUGUGAUAAAAUCAAAUGUUACUGCAGCACCAGCUGGUGGUGGUGUGGAUAUAUCUCGGGAGGAAAGGUACCAAAAAUGUAACACCUGCUACGGAUAUCUCAUGGCCAUCCGGGCAGUUAUCGACAAAAAAGCGUCAACUUCUGGAAAAAUGAGCAGCACAUUUAGAGAAAUUCAACUCCUUUUGGGUACAUUGGAUUAACAUGUGCUAUUGACAUUAGGAUUAUAUUUAAAUUAUCAUCAAUUCUAUACAUGACUUUUGGAUUAUACAUAAGAGUCGUGCGUUUGAUAAUAAAUAGACUGUUAGUGUGUCAGAUGCGUCAUAAUGACUUUAGACUGACUGCUUAAAGUUGGAUUAUG